AUAUAUAUAAACAUAUAUAUAUCUAAAUAUAUAUAAACAUAUAUCUAAAUAUAUAUAUCUAAAUAUAUAUCUAAAUAUAUAUCUAAAUAUAUAUCUAAAUGGGGCGCAGGAAGUCGAAGAGAAAGCCGCCUCCGAAGAAGAAGAUGACGGGUAACCUGGACGUCCAGUUCACCUGCCCGUUCUGUAACCACGAGAAGUCCUGCGACGUCAAAAUGUUUUUGUGGAGCGCCCUUAACCUUCCCUCGUCAGAUCUGUCUGAACCGGUGGAUGUUUACAGCGAUUGGAUCGACGCCUGUGAAGCGGCCAAUCAGUAGCCCUGUUGUUGUCCUGUGACUCCUCCCCUUCCCCUUCCCUCUGACGUCACGCACUUCACAUUUCAGCCCUGUGAUUGGUCGCCUAAAUCAGCCAGCACAACGUAGCAGAAUCUGGCCAGACAACUGGAGCGCUACAGGAUGGCUUUUUGCACGCCAGAUGUUUAAGAAGAACACACACACACACACACACACACACACACACACACACACACACAUACAUAAACA